CUGAACGAAAUACAGAUAUAUGGUUGUGAUCCCUCCCAUCGAUCAAAUACCGCUCAAGGUUUAAUCAAGGUUCUCAGUGAGCUGAAAGAUGUUCAACAGAAACACAUGGAGACUCUGCGGGCACAAACUGAAACACUGAGAGUCAACACGAUCCUGGUGAGGGAGAAGGUGAAGGUUUUCCACCUGGUUGAUCGAUACGCUGAGCUCACGGUCAUUUCUGCUGUUCGAGAUCGGAGACUGGUUGAACAUGAGCUGCUGGCAAGACGCAGAGACCACGAACUUUGGAGAGAGAAACAUCUCCACGGAGAGAUGGAAAAAAUCCAGACUGAUCAGUUAUUCCAGAGCAGCUUUUCCCGAAGUAAAUCCGAAUCUGGGAGAUCAGCAGCAGUGGCCGGAGUCGCGGGGAUUGGGAAAACAACAAUGGUACAAAAGAUUGUUUAUGACUGGGCCACGGGGAAAAUAUUCCAACAAUUCCAGUUUGUCUUUAGUUUCAAAUUCCGGGAGUUAAACUCCAUUAACUGCAGAACAAACCUGAGGGAACUGAUUCUGGAUCAGUAUCCUUACUUUGGGAAUUUCCUGAGAGAUGUCUGGAAGAACCCACAGGGAUUGUUGUUCAUAUUCGAUGGUUUGGAUGAAUUCAAACACAGAAUCUAUUUUGCAGACAAAUGGAGAGAUACAGAACCUAAGCACCAGUGUCCAGAUCCUGAGUGCUGGUGUGAAGUGUCUGACAUUGUGUACAGUUUAAUCCAGGGCAAGCUGCUCCCAGGGUGUUCGGUGCUGGUGUGAAGUGUCUGACAUUGUGUACAGUUUAAUCCAGGGCAAGCUGCUCCCAGGGUGUUCGGUGCUGGUGACCACCCGCCCCACUGCGUUACAUUUAUUGGAAAAGGCAGAUAUCAGGGUCUGGGCAGAAAUCCUGGGAUUUGCUGGUGAGCAAUGGAAGGAAUAUUUCAUGAAGCAUUUUGAUGAUCAGACGGUGGCGGCAGCUCUUUUCAAACACGUGAAGGAGAACGAGAUCCUGUAUACCAUGAGCUACAACCCCUCCUACUGCUGGAUCCUCGCACUUGCACUCGGCCCUUUCUUCACACAAAGAGACAGGGACCCACAGCAAAUUCCCAAGACCAUCACCCAACUGUAUUCCUACUAUAUUUACAGCAUCCUGAAAAACCACAGCCGUGAGAUUGAGAACCCCCGUGAUGUGUUACUCAGGGUUGGUCAGAUGGCCUUCAGAGGAGUGUCCGAUAAGAGAACUGUGUUUACAGAUGGAGAUUUGAACAACUACAAUCUGCAGCCAUUCCAGUUUCUGUCUGGGUUCCUGAUGGAGCUUUUGGGGAGAGAGGAUUCUGCCCAGUGCGUGGUGUACACAUUCCCACACCUCACCAUCCAAGAGUUUGCAGCUGCAGUCGCACAAUUCCUGACUAUACAUCCCGAGGAUAUCCUGAAAUUCCUCACUGAAGCCCACAAUACGACAGAUGGGCGAUUUGAGGUAUUUCUCCGUUUUGUUGCUGGUCUCUCCUCCCCAAUGACAGCUCGGGGUCUGGAGGAGU